AUUCUUCUCAGAAAAGUUCAAAAAUAUGUCAUGCAUUUUGUAAUGACUGCACAAGUCAUGAGAAAAAGUCAGUAAAAACAGUUGCAACAGUAAUCAGGGGGUACAGAAUGAACCAUAGUACCACUAAUCAUGGCUGCAGCGGUCGUCCUCCUAAAAUGACUCCACAGGUAACAAACUACUUUCACCAAAAUACAGGCUGACAAGACGACUCCCAGCCUGCAGAAGAGGAAUAUUUCAGCACUGGAACCAUCUUCAAACCGAGGCAGGAUAGUUUGGAGCUGUGAUGAUUGAUGCAGCAUCAUGUGAAUGCUUUUAUUUCCAGGUGAGCAGAGAGAUUGUGGAGCUGCUGAACACCAGCACUGCCAAGGAGCAGUCCAUCGUGGAAAAGUUCCAUCCUCGUGGUCGAGCUCAGGUCCAAGAGUUCUGCGAUCACAGGACCAAGGAGGAGUGUGUUCGCUCUGGACACACACCUCAGCCAUGCACCAAGUUACACUUCUGUGGCAUCAUCAACAAGCACAUAGACGAGAGUCUUGGCGACUGCUCCUUCCUCAACACUUGUUUCCACAUGGACACCUGUAAAUACGUCCACUAUGAGAUGGACAGUCCUCCAGAGGCUGAGAGCAGCCUGCUGGGGCCUCAGGUAGGAACCACAGAGCUGGGCCUCCAAGCAGAGGAUGCAGACAGCAACGUGGGAAAACUCUUCCCUUCACAGUGGAUCUGCUGUGAUAUCCGCUACCUGGAUGUGUCCAUCCUGGGUAAAUUUGCAGUGGUGAUGGCCGACCCUCCCUGGGACAUCCACAUGGAGCUGCCCUGUGGUACUCUGACUGAUGAUGGGAUGUGAAAACUGAACAUCCCCAUUCUACAGGAUGACGGUUUCCUCUUCCUCUGGGUAACCGGCAGGUAAAUACAACAACCCAAACAGUCUUGGAAAUA